AUGCCAGUUUCUAAUCACACAUUAGCCAUCGCAGGACCUAUUGAGAGACGUUCUGGGACCGACGACGUAGUUGUGUAUCCGGACGAGAAACUGUACAAUGAGGAAUACAAGAGAUCUCCAGUAAUUGUGGCUACGGAAGCCGAUGAUAGUGUUGUCUAUCCCGAUGAAAAACUCUAUAAUGAAGAGUACAAGAGACAUACAGCCGAUGAAAGCGUCGUCUAUCCAGACGAAAAGCUCUACAACGAAGAGUAUAAGAGACACACAGCUGAGGCCGACGAUAGCAUCGUCUAUCCCGAUGAGAAGCUUUACAACGAAGAGUACUAG